GUGCCUUGACUGGGUGUCUCCUUCAGCCCAUAUAUUCAUGGAUGCAGCCUUGACAAAUGCGACACAGUGGCCUCCUCAUGCUCAGCAUGAUAUUUCUGAUUAUUCUUCCUGAAACCGACGUCUUCCUCGGAGUCCUGAUCCCGGGUGCAAGGGCGUACUCAGCCUCUGUCUUGGCGGUUUUGAACUCCAGGACUUCACUGUCCGAGCGAUUCAGGCAUAAGAAUGAUAUUGGUACGUUCGGAUUGGUGGGCUACAUAUCGUCCAGAGUUUCCGGAGAAGAUAUCACAUCGGCCGGUCCCGAUGAGACACAGGUCCACCGCAAUUCUGCUAAACACAUUCCAAGGCGUUCACUUGAAUGCCACGAAGAGCGAAGUCAGGGUGCUGAAGGUAACCCGAGUGUCACCAAUGUAUACGAGUGCUGCUGAGCGGUGGUAGUCAUGGCGCGCGAUUCUG